CCCAGGCUAAAGCAGCCGGCACUGGCUAAACGUGCUGGCCAUCCGGUGCUGCCCAGGUUUAACAGGGAGCCCAGGCUGAGACCCCAGUGACAAACCAGGGAACUUUGUCAAACUCCCUGCCAGUCCCGGGGAACCCCAUUCCUGGAACCUGCAUCUCAACUUUUACAAUCACGACUCGGAAAGGCAUGUUUUACUGAACACCCCCCGAGAGACAGGCACCCCCAGCGAGUGCACAGCAAGAUCCCAGCCCCGAAAUAAGUGUCGCCUCGGAGAAAGAGAGGAGCGAGAUCUUAAAGCAGCACCUCCCCAGCUCCAGAGAGAGAGGGAGAGGGAGAGGGAGCCUGCGGAUCCAGGAGUGAUGAAGUCCAGUCUGUCCGCCUGCAGUUCAGGAGCCGGCUCGGAGCUUGCGGACCUGCCCAGGCCCGGGACUGACCGGGUACAGAGCUGUGUCCGCCGGCGAAUGGCGGCCAACGCCCGGGAGAGGAGGCGCAUGCAGGGUCUGAACAACGCCUUCGACCGGCUCCGGAAAGUAGUGCCCCAGUGGGGCCAGGACAAGAAACUCUCCAAAUACGAGACCUUACAGAUGGCCCUGAGCUACAUCGUGGCGCUGACCCGCAUUCUGAGUGAGGACAGGCGCUGGCUCCACGUCCAGUGUGGACACAUUCCCGGAGGGGAGACCUACCUGGGCCAGGCAGCCGACCAGGAGGACUGUUACACAGGCAGAAUCUUCCCUUUCAAUCACCAGGGUUUCCGUGUCAUCAAUUAA